AUGUCCAGCCAGAGGCGUCGAAAGUUGUGGUCAUUGGCGGCUCGUGCGGCGGUCAAAUGUACAGAUGAGACAGAUAAAACCACGGCCCCACCGCCGACAACGGAAAUUACCGGGGCUUCACCGUUCUGGAGUAAAGAUUCCCUGGUUAAAACUCAAGAUUCCGGAGUCUCGGUGGAUUUGCACUCGGACGGAUUACAGUGUGGUUCAAUGAGCGCCUCAUUAACCUCUGCUCAACAACGUGUCAGUUUUGAAGUGAAAAACCCAUCCCAUUCUCCAGGUCAGGUUAAAUCACCUCGAACUGUACCGCGUCGCCUACAUUCGGCUCAGGAAUGUCUUUCGACCGAGUCUGGAAUGCGACUACGACCGCGAUCAGGAUCCGGAUUAGGUGCAAGAGAUUCUUUGGCCAUCUCGGUUCCACACGAUGUCCAAGAUCCAGGCGUGUGGCACAUAUCGCGAACUCAACAAGCGAAGAAACGAAAAGCCAGCGCUCAACAUUGGGGUAGUGCUGACACCUCAGGUUUAGGCAGCAGUCUGGACUGGGCUUCUGUAGACGUGGUGCAACAGCAUCAGCAUCAUCAGCAACAACACCAGCAACAACCAAUGAGACAACUUAGUGCCUGUUUUCCUCAACCUGCGCGAUUAUCCGGGAACCCGAUCUCCAUGAGAAGCCUGGAUGAACCCAUUUUAAUUGGUGGCCCAACUGGUCUCUAUCAACAGACACCUACUGCCUGCUUGACUCCUGGAGCUCGCCCCCAUGGGGCAGAUUAUUCGCUGGAACGAGGAGUUAUUUCUAUGCAUAAUUCUCCGGUUGGUCCACAUCGGCAUAUCGGAUCUUUUCCACCACCACCUCAUUCUGUACCGGAUCCAUUAGAGUUCGAUCGGAGCAGUUAUCCUCAUCGUUUGUAUGUUGAUCCUUUCGGACAUCUAUCCUCUCCAGCAGUGGCUUCGAUUCCGCUACUAGUCACUCGAAGCUUAGAUCAAGCAGAUCCGAUACAUUGCCCGCUGGACUCAAGUUCUCCACACCUUGCUCGGGAAACAGUUCAGUAUCACUCAGUACCAGGAUCUAUUGGUCAUCCGGGAGCAAUAGGCUUGACUCAUAUAAACCCACGGUAUGCUCACAGUUCAAUGCGGUCCAAUAUGACGGAAUACGCGAAUCCCUAUCGAUCGUGGAUUCCUGUACAAGAACAACCGCCAUUACUACCCCCGCAACAACAAUCUAUUUUAACAGCCCCGACAACCAUACCGGCGGUUCGGUACGCACAACAGACUGGAAAUCUUCUCCCUUCGCCCAGCAACUUAUCUCCUCGAGAUAUCGGAUAUCUGGCGGAUUCGGGCCGACGCCGAACCAUGGAAUAUGAAUCACCUUUGUUAGGUAUAGAGCCACCUCAUAGACGAGAUCGUUGGACUGCACGUGGAUCCGUAUAUCGACGAUCUCAUACUUUGGAUGAAACCGGUGGAUCAAGAAUACCCAGAAUGGAUUAUCGUCGCCCGUUGAUUAUGUAUUCCAUUCCACCUCCAACGGAUACUGUGACCCCACUCGUAUCCCAUGGCACAGGGCCAAUAAUUCCGGGGUUAGCACGCGGUGCUCCGGUGUGUGAUUACAAUCCAGACUAUGGAUUUAAUCGUACUGGAUGGGGGGCACCAACUAUGGGGCCUGGGCUGAUCAUUCCACCACAUCGGAUGCGCUAUUCACGUGAGGAGACCAUAAUGGAGGACUGGGAUGCAGAAGAGGAUAGACGGACCUAUAUUAAUACUGAUCGUACCUUUCGCCGACCCGAAGGAACAAUUAAACAUCCUGUCACAUGGAAACCCUAUGAUCAGUCCAUACCAAGUGAGUUCAUACAAUCCCGGUGA